AGUUUCAUUGAAAACGUUCGGCGGGCAAGACGUGUUCUCGCAGCGCAAGUUCUUGUGCCGAGUGAGUUUCGCGCCUUGUGUACGUACGUAAAUACGGCAAACGCGUGCUCGAACCGUGCUUGUUACGCUAAGGAUGAAAAGCGUGUGUGGUGUUUUUGGAUGGUGUUCCGGGCAAAAAAUCUGAAAAGUCACUGUAAUCAACGGGCAAAGAAGGAAUAUUAAUCAGUUUUUGUUAAGCCAGGAAAGAAGUCCAGUGCAGUGAAAGUGUUGGGAAGCGAUAACCUUGUGCACGGGCGCGAUUGUGUCCGUGGAAUGUCACCGAGCAAAGUAUGUUGGGCGAUGCAGUGUCAUGUGUCGAGAGGUAAAAGGUUAGGCCACAGUGCAAGCGAAGUUGAUGUUAUCAAGAGAGUUCAACCCGGAUCGAAGCCGAAGAUGUGCGCUUGUGAUGGAAUCAGCCGGGAUUAAUCACAUUAAUCGUCCCGAGAAUUGAUGCAGUGCCGGGCAGUGAGAGUGAGCUCGUGUGUUGGAUUACUUACAGUGCAUUUGCUCAGUGACGGCAGGCCACCCAGCGAUGAGGCGGUGCAUGUGGAGGGUGUAUUUGUGUGUUUUAACGCAGCGUAUGUGAUGUUGUGGCUAAGUGAAGAGAUCAAAGCAAGAGUAACCUCUUUCCAAAUGAAGCUGAGCAAACGCUGAGUAAAUGUGUACUGGCAGGCACUCGGCGCGGUGGAAAACGGCUAACGAUAUUUUUUUUGUUCGAUGGGAAAGCAAAAUACCAACUCUUUCAACGAUUUGAUUCAGACGCAAUAAACGGAUGGGGAGCUAGUAUGGAGUGAAACAAAAACAUCCAUCUGCAGCUGUACGUGAAUCGCCGGUAUCGUCUGGCUAUCAGACUUCAGCAGCUCACAGGACUGCGGGCGGCCAAGAAACUACUGGGGAGGAGCAAGGAAUACGUUUUAAAUCAAUCCCGAUUCAAUUCUGAUGGCUCAACAACUAGAGCGAGCCAUGAUCUUCAGUGUGCAGUCAAGGAAAAAGCAUUAUCAGCUACAAACAUCAGUAUCAACGGUCAUCGCCAACGUGAUCAUCUAAGCCUGUGUGUGUGGAUUAUGAUGAGCUUUUACAGCUGAUGAUGAUGUAUUCCUCUACAUUCCUGCGAUAGAUCACCUCGUUGUUAACUCAGAGAUACAUCCUGCAUGAGCGUGUCGACAACAAAUCUGAACACCCUCCUCUGCUUAAGCCACCUUUCUCGUUCGUACAAUGAAUGUGUCCCGCAAAUUACCACAUUUCCUUCAGCUAUAUUUUAUUUGUAUCGUCGGUCUGAUCGGGGCAGUGGGUCUGGAAAUCAAAAACCAUCCCCGGACGGACGUCAAAAAUGUGUCCACAGCCUUUCCAUUUACCUUCGAGCCGCGUAAAGAUACCGCAUUGGAACAGUAUAAAUCACCGCCAUUCGAUGACAAUGGCCACAGGCGGUCCACUCUUAACCGUCACCGAUCGCAACCCAUAUCCCACCAAACCGAUGCAAAAUCUGGGAGGGCUUCGUUCAGCCCGGCAAACGACCAACGAGAACCCCGGAAAAACUACGACACUCUCAUCCCAUUAUCCGUGGAAGCGAAAGACGGGUCGAUACACGCGGUCGAUAAGUCGGAAAACAAUCAUGCGGAAAUGAAACUUUCUCAGCGUCAUCAUCGGCCAGCAAGCGGUGUAUUGAAGGUGGGAGAGGACGUCCAGAAGUCGGCUCGCAUGCUCGACGACCGGUUUCCUGUCGAUGAUGAUGUUGUCGACGCUGCGAAGGACGAAUACUACGACACUCCUACCGGGGAAGAGCACGAAGGUGAUAAUUAUGAGGACGGUAAAAUAAUCAAUUCGGGUGCGUUGGACAACUUUUUUGGCGGGAAAUCUACGGCUUCGUCCAGCGGGGCAUCAGGUGCCGAGGGAGAAUAUCGGAAGGGUUCGAAAACAGUGCAUGGCUAUAAGAGUGGAAAAUCGGAGGGUGCUCAGGAGUCGAAUGCACAAGAGGAACUCGACGAAGAGGACGAGGACGUUGAGGAUGAGGAGGAGGACGAUGAGGAAGACGACAGUGAAGUGUCAUAUGGCGAGGAUGUCCUUCCGCCGAGUGAAGCGUUCGGCACGUUUGGUGGAAGAACCGAGGGAGGGUUGAAGGUGGAGGAGGCGCCGUACUUUCUGGUCGAGCCCCAGAGUACUUACGUGAUCCGGAGCAAGCCAGCCGUCCUGAAGUGUAAAGCAGCCAACACGUUGCAGAUUCAUUUCAAGUGCAGUGGCAGCAUAAAGCCACCACCGUCGAUCGAAGAAUCGCACGUCGACCCUCACAGCGGGGUUCACUUCCAGGAGGUGACGGCCACCAUAUCUCGCGACCUGGUGUACGAGUACUUUGGCAAGCUACCGUUCAAAUGCGAAUGCCACGCCUGGUCUCCUCGCGGGAAAGCCGUCAGCCAGCCAGCCUCGAUUAUUGUUGCGUAUUUGAAGAAAAACUUCGAGCUCCAGGACACCAGGAUUCGGGCUGAAAUUGGAGAAAAGCUGGAAAUAAAAUGUGUCGCUCCCAAGGGUUAUCCUAAGCCCCAAAUAACGUGGUUGAAAAACAACAUCACCAUCACGGCAAGCUCCCUGUUGACCUUCACCACAGAAGGAAACAUUGUGAUAACAAGUGUAAAUCUCCAGGACAUAGGAAAUUAUUCGUGCGUGGCGGAGAACAUUGCUGGAAAAAGAACAUCGGAGCCAAUCGAACUGAUCGUUUACGUGAAUGGAGGUUGGAGCCAAUGGAGCACCUGGCUGGAGUGUCGAUGUCCGGGAAAACCAGCUCAGGGAAGGAAGCGUACACGUACCUGCAGUGAUCCGAUUCCCCUGUAUGGUGGAGCACCCUGUGUAGGUCCUAACCAACAGAAGACAGUCGACUGUGUGACAUGUCCAGAAGACACACAGAUAAUCACUCCUAACGGCUUUGAGGAUAACGCAUUCGUUCGCCGUUGGUCCGGAUGGUCUGCGUGGAGCUCGUGCACAAAACAGUGCACCCAAUCAAGGAGAAGAAUCUGCCGCACGCAAAAUGUGGACUACUACGAUAAGGCCCUGGUGAAGCAUCAUCAACAGUUGGCCGCCUUGAUGGAGGAUCACGACGAGCAGGAGAGCAGUGCCUACGGUUGUCACGGCAAGGACGUUCAAACCAUCGUUUGUCGGGGUGGUGAAUGCAGAAUUGAUGACACAGCAUCUGAUUGGAUCUUUUAUCUGGGACUCGGGUUCAUCGUGACGCUCUGCCUGACAUUCCUGGUGUUUCUGUUGCACAUGCGACAUCGACAGAAGCUACCAACGUACUCAAUCACACGGACCUCUCCAGAUCAGCACACAUACACGCACGAGUUUCAAAAGAAGCUUACUCUCUCCUCGAACCCUCCCGACAUAAACAUACGUGUCAAUGGCUACGAAUAUUCCAAUGGCAGCACCAUGGAAGCCCCAAAGAUACCGAGUCAGAAUGUCCCACUUCUAUUGACCAGAUCCACAUCCGAACAUCACUACGACGAACCGCAAUUCAACUCGAUGCAAGCGAUUCAGGCGGCCAAUAAAGACGAUUCGGGUAUGAACGUGUACAACCAACAGAAGGCUGCGACGGGAGUGGUUCUUCAGCAUCAUUACCAUCAGUAUCACUCACUCGAGCAGAGCCACCUUCAACGCCAGAUAACAGCGGCAUCACCUAUCGCCACUCAAUCGCAGAAGGGCCAGUAUCGCAGCUCCGAAUCUCUGUCGGGGACGUCCAACACCAACACAUCAAACUCAACCUACGCCAUUGCCACGACGGAUUCGCUGGACACGUCCAGUUCGUCCGAGGCUAUGUACAAAUCGAACUCCGCUCGUCAGGUUGUCACCUCGGAAGGGGGAUGGCUGGAGCUGGAGCAUCUGCACACGUCGCUUUCCAUUCCAGAGGGAGCCAUUCCGACGGCACUAAGGAUAAACGUGUUUCUAGCCGUCAUGUACGACUCCAAAGAUACGAUACUAGUCGAAAACCAGGUCACCCACAUCAGUCCGACGAUUGUGUGUGGGCCAGCCAAGAGCAAUUUCUCCAAACCGCUCAUCAUCAAGGUUCCGCACUGCGCCGAGGACAUUGCCAGCUGGAAGGUGUCACUCUUCUACAAGGAGGAAGUGACGAACUGCUGGAAAAAGAUUGCGUCCUCGGAGAACGACGUGCCAAGCCCGCAGGCCUACAUUCAGCUGGACCAGCACAACGCGUACAUCAUGACGCGGAAGCUCGGCAAGUAUCUGCUCGGCGGAGAGAGUCUUGCGCCAGAGGUGAACGUCACCAAGCGGCUGAAGAUCGUCAUGUUCGGUCCAGUUCGGAAACCGGAAGCCGACUUCAACAUACGCGCCUACGUACUGGAGGACUAUCCGAGUGCUCUUGAACACUGCAGUGGAAUCGAAACUCGACUGGGUUAUUUCCAGAUCGGACAGAGCUCGCCGUUCCACUUUGCCAAUAGCAAAGAGGCGAUGACGCUACGCAUCAACUGCUCGGGCGGAUGGACGACGGCCGCCGAGUGUUCGCUGCAGAAGAUCCCGUUCAAUCACAUCUGGAAGAACAUGGCGAUCCUGCACUGCGAGUUCUUGCUGCACAAGCUGACCGAUGAGAUGCCUUGUUUACGAUUGGAGCUUGCUGCCGAGCAGGACAACGGUGCCAAAGUGCUUAUCACGUCCGUGGCGUUCUCGUGAUAGUACAUAGCGCGAGCUCUCCAAAAGCUGAUGACUUUGUAGAAGGGUGUCCUCAGACUCGGACAUGUCCUCAAGCAUAUGUUCUUUAAACAUACAGUUACUGUUAGCUGCGCAUCACGUUAGACAUUGUCGCAAGGCGAGAACGAAACAAAAACCGAGGCCAUUACCUAGCGAAUAACGUAGCAUUAGAAUCUCACACUCAUAUACAAAUCGCACAUCUUCACCAGUUGUUAUCCAACGCAUGUAUCGUAUUGAGCUAUAGCGGUUGUGUCCAGCGCAAGGAUCGACUAUUAGAUCGUAGAACAGGAUGAAAAUGCCAAAUGUGGGGAGCUUUGGAGCUGGAAGCGUCAUGCAUGCCGUACUCUAGUUAUCAUCGCCGUUCAAAGUAGACACUCGCCCACUCGCCGGUCAGCGAUGCUAGCGGUGCAUUAAUCGAGUUGUACAUACUACAAUUAACAGUUGUGCCGAUUAGCGACGAUCUAGGUUAAGAUUCUGUUUCCCACGGAUGUCCUCGUGUCCGUAGCUCUAUUGAUAAAGACUGAUUGUGAGGAACAAUAAAAAGUUGAUAUAGAAACAAUG